GUGGUAGACAGAAUCCAAGAAAGGCUCCAACAUGUAAAUAUUCUGUUUGGUUUUAAGUCUGCAAUGUUGUCUGAGAUCAUCACCCUCACUUAUGGUGUGCAACUGAAUUGCUCUCAAAGCACUGUAAGGCAAUUUAAAAGAUGCAAGUAAAGGUAAAUGGUAAUCUUUUGCAGUAGUGGCACAUUUUUAUUGUUUGGGUAAGUCUCCCAGACAGGUUUCUUUCAGAAGAUAACUAUUUGCAUAUGUGAAAAGAAAAAUAACCAAGCAUGUGUAAUGUAGUAGAGGAAAAUAUUUACAUUUUAGUCAUUUAGCAGACGCUCUUAUCCAGAGCGACUUAGGUUAGAGUUAGUGCAUUCAUUUUAAGGUAGCAAGGUGAGACGGCCACAUGUCAGUCAUAGUAAGUUGGCAAAACAUGUCCUCAAAGUAGCUAUCAUUAAGUAGAAAGUGUACCCAAACGCGCUUUAGCCAAGAUUGAAAAAUAAGAGAAUCAGGUGCUUGACUGAGGGACAUGAAAAUCCCAAAAAGAAUCCUUGCCCCAGGACACUUCAACAGGUGACUAUCCAGGAAUAAAAAGAAAAUGAGCACUCUGUUUCUGCAUAGAUCUGAUAAUUAAUUGACGUGGUAUACAAAAAGGCUUACACUGGUGUAUUCGCCUUUUCGGGGGGCAGGGCGAUUAAUCAAGAUACUUACAACUAGGGUUGGAAACUUUGCAGUAAAAUUCCGGAGUUCUUCCAAAAAAAUUCCAAUAGAUAUUAGGCCCUGGAAUUUGGGGGAUUUUGCUAAAAUUAAUCAAAAAAAGUUUGCUUAUAACAGUGAACCUUUUUUUGUGAGAUACACAAGGCAAUUCUAGGUCUUGUGGCAUAUUUUGGUUAAACUAUCCCCAAUUCAAUGGAAUUGCAACCUUCUGCAUGCACAGUGCAUUCUUCCAUCACAUGUACAGCUGAUUCUCAAGAUCUUGCACACUGAGAUGCUAUUGAGCCCACACUACUACACUGUCUGAGCUAAGGACUACAUGCUUUCUGGUAAGUUUUGAUUACAAUACUGGGUGGGGUGAAUAUAUUUUAUAUGACAUGAAUGAUUUUUUUGUUAACUAGUAAAUAGUAUCCUACAGCAAAGUGUGUUUAAAUAAUUUCUAACUUGUUAACAAUUUCUGAUGGUUAGUUUUUGCUACCAUGUAGGUUUUAGAUUGCUUGAGCCUGCUAACUGAGGAGUGUUAAUUCACCUGUUUCCAUACAUGUUUCAUUUUAAAACAUUUAUCUUGCAAAGGAGUUGUUUAAUCUAACUGCUUAACUAUUUAUCUGCAUAUGGAAUUGUAUUUGGGUUUUUUUCACUCAUUUUUUCCCUAAUCUUUACAGGGAAAUGCUACGGCACCAUCUGAUGUGUGGAGACAUUUCACUGCAGCUAAUGUAGAAGGAAAAGCUGUGUACAUUUGCAAAUACUGUGCCAACUCAUAUGUGAAGAAUGCAACAAAGAUGCUGAAUCAUCUGGCCAAGUGCAUAAAGUUCCCUCAGUUUUCACAAUAAGCGACCUCUGACAAAAGUCCCUCUACUUCUAUUCGAGGUGAAAAGGAUGAAUCAGACACUUUAUCGAUAGCAACAGCUCAUGGUUCUCCUAGAAUCAGAAGAUUUUUUUUCACUCAAUGGAGGAACAUAGUCAGAAAUGCUGAUGAAUGUCUUGCUCGAGCUGUGUAUGCAACUGGUUCACCUUUGAUGCUCACAGGCAUGGUGUAUUGGAAGAGAUUUCUGAAUGUUCUUUGCCCAGCAUGCACCCCUCCAACCAGACAUGCGUUAUCUACUCAUUUUCUGGAUGCAGAGUUCAACAGAGUUCAAGUGAAGGUCAAGCAAAUCAGAGAAAGCAGACUGUAUUGCAAUAAUCUCUGGUGGCUGGUCGAAUGUUCGUGGACAAGGAAUAAUUAACUACAUCUCCACACCUAACCAGUAUUCUACAAGAGCACAGACACAAGGGACAACAGACACACCGGUCUCUACAUUGCAGAUGAGCUAAAGGCAGUCAUCAAUAACCUUGGACCACAGAAGGUAUUUCCACUGGUGAUACAAUGCUGCGAACAUGAAGGCUGCUUGGUCUAAAGUGGAGGAGUCCUACCGUCACAUCACACCCAUUGGCUGUGCUACUCAUGCAUUGAAUCUGCUCCUCAAGGCCAUCAUGGCACUGAAAACAAUGGAUACAGUACAAGAGAGCCAAGGAAAUGGUUAGGUAUGUGAAGGGUCAUCAAGUUAUAGAAGCAAUCUACCUCACCAAGCAAAGUGAGAAGAAUAAGAGCACCACAUUGAAGCUGCCCAGCACACCCAUUAGGGUGGUGUUGUCAUCCUGUUUGACAGUCCUGGGGGGGAAGGCGUCUCUCCAAGAAAUGGUCAUAUCAUAGUCUGCCGAUAUGGACAAUCCCAUCAAGAGGAUCCUCCUGAAUGAUGUAUUUUGGGAGAGAGUGGUAUGCAGCCUGAAACUCCUGAAACCUAAAGCAGUAGCCAUUGCACGGAUUGAGGGAGACAAUGCCAUCCUGUCUGAUGUUCAGACUCUGCUUGCAGAUGUAAGAGAAGAAAUCCGUACUGCCCUGCCCACUUCACUGUUGCUCCAAGCAGAGGAAACUGCAGUUCUGAAAUACAUCAAAAAGCGUGAAGACUUCUGCCUGAAGCCCAUACACGCCGCAGCGCACAUGUUGGACCCCAAGUAUGCAGAAAAGAGCAUCCUGUUGUGUGCAGAGAUUAACAAGGCCUAUGGUGUCAUUUCAUUUCAUGAAGCUGCCUGUUGAGGACUUGAAGUGUCUGUUUCUCAAACUAGACACUAAUUUACUUGUUCUCUUGCUCAGUUGUGCACCGGGGCCUCCCACUCCUCUUUCCAUUCUGGUUGGAGCCAGUUAGCGCUGUUCUGUGACGGGAAUAGUACACAGCGUUGUACGAGAUCUUCAGUUUCUUGAUGGUGGACUGGAGGAACUGGUGGAGGAACUUAGCAGCGGUAAAAUAAUGUACGCUUUCUGUCGUGUCGAGGACCCAAACUCUGGCCUGUGCAAAUACGUCCUGAUCAACUGGACUGGAGAAGGUGUGAAAGACGCCAGGAAAGGACUAUGUGCCAAUCAUGUCAGCUCCAUAGCUAAUUUUCUCAAGGGAGCCCAUGUCACAAUAAAUGCCCGUGCAGAGGAGGAUGUGGAACCUGAGGCUAUUAUGCAAAAGGUGGCCAAGGCAUCAGGGGCCAACUACAGCUUCCACAAAGAGUCCAACAAGUUCCGAGACGCUGGUCCCCAGGGACCUGUGGGCUCUGUGUAUCAGAAGACCAACGCCAUGUCUGAAAUCAAACGGACCAAUAAAGACAACUUCUGGGCGCAGGCAGAGAAAGAUGAGGAGAAGCGGCAGCGGGAGGAGCGCAGCAAGGCAGACGAAGAGCGCCAGAAGCUGGAGAAAGAUCGGAAGGAUCGAGAGGUCAAGGAGGCAACUCUCAGAGAGAAUAGAGACAAGGAGAGGGCCUCUAUGAUUGACCAGCAGAAGAAGUUCCAGCAGCAGCAGGAAGCUGAGAGCAGAGACAAUGAAAAACAACAAUGGGAGGAGCAGGAAAAGGACUUCCAGGCAGCUCAGAAGAAAGGGAUGAAGCGUGGUGAAUCUGUGGAGAAAGCCAAUGAGGCGGCCUCCCUGAUCUCCCAGCGCUCUAUGAACCCCAGAGAGAUGUUCAAGCAGAGAGAGAAGGGCAUGGCCCCCAGCGCUGCAGACACCGACACCCCUGCUGCUGCCCACACCCCUGCCAGCCCCCAGCCAGGGCGUUUGAACAGCCCUUUUCUCUCUAAGCAACCAUGCGAGCCUGAGCCGUCCCGCUUGCCCCUGCACCAAGCCUCCCCUCUGCCAGCAGGCUCCGCCUCUCCUGUCCCUGCUGCAGAACCCAAUGUGGAUGAGCCCGUUGUGGAUGAAUCCACUCCCAGUGUGGGCGAGCCAUGCCAGUCUGAGUGCUUGGAUGAGCAGGAUGCAACCCCUGAGGAUCAGUGGCAAGAUGAAGUAAAGGCAACGGCAGCUCCCACUGAACACAACCAUGCCACAGAGCCAGCCCAAAACAACCUCUAUGAGGAGCCCCCAGAGGUGGAAGAGAACACGAAUGAGGUGGCUGCAAAGAAGACAGACCGAGGCGUCUGUGCCAGAGCUCUAUACGACUACCAAGCUGCUGAUGAGACAGAGAUUUCCUUCGAUCCUGAUGACAUCCUCAAUGGCAUCGAGAUGAUUGACGAGGGCUGGUGGCGGGGCUAUGGCCCAGACGGUCAUUUUGGAAUGUUCCCAGCCAAUUACGUGGAGCUGGUCUAAGUCCAUACCUUGCCCACUCACUAGAUCAGCAUAUAGGAGGCAGAAGAGAACCCCCCCCCCCCCCCCCCCCCCCCAGGAGAAUUGGCAGUAGGAAAACUGCUAGCUCCAGAACACAGCAUGUCAGAAGUAACUCAACAGUGAACUUUUCAGAGUCAAUUGCUGAACUGUAUCCUUCACAUUAUGGACCAGUGUAUGAACAGUGACCAGGGGGUGCUCAAAUCUAUCCCUGUUGAAGAGAGAAAUUCCAUUAUUUCAUUUAUGUUGUGAGAACUUAGGUGGCAUUGUUUAGGUUUUGAUGAAAACCCAUAUACUGGCCAAUCCCAAACUGAAUCUCUUACCUUCUGUGAUUUAGUAAAUUGUCAGCCUUUUUUUAAUGUUUCAAUUCAAGAUUCCAUUGUAAACAUUAAUAGCACUUGUACAUCACUUAUCUUAAAGUGAAGCCAGUUUUGUUCCAGGUGUACUUUUUUUUUGUUAUUUGUAUCAUUCACUCAUGUCAUGUUCAGGAUAAUAACAUUUCAUAGCUCACAUAACGGUACCAAAUAUCAUUUUUUUUGCCUUUUCCUUAGACUGACGUUUUAUGUGAGUUUGCUUAAAUAAUCCUGCGUGAAUUUCAAACCAUAGUUUGGUAUUGCAGUUGAAUAUUUGAAAACCAAAAUGUCCUAUAUUUGCUGUGCUCUCCUGUGGGGCUGAAUUCAAGAAAAGAUGGGGGUGAAAAUGACACAUUCAUCAUAUCCUUGUGCAAAAGUAUUAUUAUUUUUUAAAUAUGUAAUGAUUAUGCUACAGAGCUUGUCCACAUACCCUCCCUCCCUGCCCUCCUUUAGUCCCUAGAGAAUUUUAAUGACUGACUGUUUCAGGGACCAGUUACACGAAACAAGGCAAGAGUAAUCUUUCCUCUCGUGUUGUUGAAUCGUCUUGUCAUUAUCUGUGUCUUGGGUACAAUUUGUCUCUGCUUAACCUGUCGUUCACAGUCCAGCUUCCAUCAAAAUGCAGGUCUGUGAAUGGCUUAAUUUAGCAGGCUUAAGAGAGCCAUGAUCAGAUGCUGUUAUCAUGUGAGACUGCCAAAUGAGAGUAAAGGAGUGGGGUGAUGAUGCUGUCCUCUGGAAAGUGCUUUCUCUAAUUCUAAUCUGUGUGGAAACUUCAUAACUGUUAUGCAACUUCCCUGCUUUUUAACUUAUAAUGAAAUCAUUGCAAUAAAAAGUUUGUGGGACAUUGUCACUUUAAAUAAAGAUUAAGAAAUGUAAAAAGGGUCACUAAUUUCAAGGUGCAUGAUGUAUCCGUUGGCCUUGUUUUUCAAGAGUAUAUUGUAAUGCAAAUACUUUCGUCAUAAUUAAAGAGUUCAAGUAAAAUGUGUACAA